GCUCUCGCGGCAGUUCAGACCUCGUGCUCGUCCCCCUCGCCUGUCUGUGUGUGGUAUCCGCAGGUCCGGGGCACUUUUUUUUGGUGUGUGUGUGUGUGUGUGUUGGGUGUGUGUGUGUUGGGGGUUUGUCGGGGCGCGGAGACCAGAGCCGGGCCGAGGGGAAGGAAGGAAGGAAGCCGCAGAGCUCCCCGGUCUCGGGCUGGCGUCUCCACUCCAGCGCUCUCCUGCCUGCGCGCUCCGAGGCGGCAGCGGCAGUGGCGCCGAGCGCUCCUCGCAGGGGACCCGGCGCUCGAGCUGGGAGCAGCGAGGACCCCUUUGCGGAGGCUUCCCGUGUCCGCUGGAGUUAGUAUGCCAGGGCGGUUGAUUUGCACCUACUGAGCCCGGAGUUCCUCCCUGGUCCUGGGAAGGUCUUGCGGCGGCGGCGGCGGCAGUAGCAAACGGAACAGCAGGCUCUCCUCUCCGAGGGGGGGCGUCGAAGCGCCCGCGCAGGGCUCCCGCCCUCACCCUCCGGCGCUCCUGCGGCCCCGAGCCGCCACCUCGGUGCCUGACUCCUUCCUCUUCUCGCCGCGAGCCCCGGGCCCGGCCGCCUCUGGGAUCGGACCCGCGCGCCCCGGAUGCUUGGGGCUGCCCCGGCGCGCCCCCCUUCCGGCGAGACGCGCUGAGUGAUUCGGAGGGGACCCGUGCUCGCCCCUGGAGGGGCCCCCGGCCUCGGGACCCCGCGCCGGACCCGCCGGGGAGCCGACGAUGUCCGCGCAGCCCAGUGCUCUGACGCUCUCGACGCAGCCCGGGGAAGGCUGCCGGCCGCGGCCCGCCGAGCCCUAGGCGCCCAAAGCCCGCGCCCGCCGCCCGGCCUCGGCGUCCGCCGACGACUUUGCUGCCUGCUCCGCGGCUCUUUGUCUCCACUUCGGGCAGGCUCCCGACUCUGGGAUUUCGCUGUGAGAGCGGGCUGGGGGGGCCGGGGGCGAGCUCUCGGCUUCCCGGCCGCCCCCCUCUCGGGCUCUGCUCCCCCCUCCCCCGCACCUCCCCAGCCCGGGCUCUCGGCGCUUCCACGCUCUCGGAAUCACGACCCCUCCCUGCCAUGUAUCCGCAAGGCAGACAUCCGGCUCCGCAUCAACCCGGGCAGCCGGGAUUUAAAUUCACGGUGGCUGAGUCUUGUGACAGGAUCAAAGACGAAUUCCAGUUUCUGCAAGCUCAAUAUCACAGCCUCAAAGUGGAGUACGACAAGCUGGCGAACGAGAAGACGGAGAUGCAGCGCCAUUAUGUGAUGUACUAUGAGAUGUCCUAUGGCUUGAACAUUGAAAUGCACAAACAGACAGAGAUUGCGAAGAGACUGAAUACAAUUUUAGCACAGAUCAUGCCUUUCCUGUCACAAGAGCACCAGCAGCAGGUGGCGCAGGCUGUGGAACGCGCCAAGCAGGUCACCAUGACGGAGCUGAACGCCAUCAUCGGGCUGUGCUCACCACCAACUUCAUUGCAGCAGCAGCAGCUCCAGGCGCAGCACCUCUCCCAUGCCACACACGGCCCCCCGGUCCAGUUGCCGCCCCACCCAUCGGGCCUCCAACCUCCAGGGAUCCCCCCGGUGACAGGGAGCAGCUCCGGGCUCCUGGCGCUUGGCGCCCUGGGCAGCCAGGCUCACCUGACAGUGAAGGAUGAGAAGAACCAUCAUGAACUUGACCACAGAGAGAGAGAAUCCAGCACGAAUAACUCAGUGUCACCCUCAGAAAGCCUCCGGGCCAGCGAGAAGCACCGGGGCUCUGCAGACUACAGCAUGGAAGCCAAGAAGCGGAAAGCGGAAGAGAAGGACAGCCUGAGCCGCUAUGACAGUGAUGGGGACAAGAGUGACGAUCUGGUGGUGGAUGUUUCCAAUGAGGACCCAGCGACACCUCGGGUCAGCCCUGCACACUCCCCUCCUGAAAAUGGGCUGGACAAGGCCCGUGGCCUGAAAAAAGACGCCCCCACCAGCCCUGCCUCAGUGGCCUCCUCCAGCAGCACACCUUCUUCCAAGACCAAAGACCUUGGUCAUAAUGACAAAUCCUCCACCCCUGGGCUCAAGUCCAACACACCAACUCCAAGGAAUGAUGCCCCGACUCCAGGCACCAGCACGACCCCAGGGCUCCGGUCAAUGCCAGGCAAGCCUCCAGGCAUGGACCCGAUAGGUAUAAUGGCCUCGGCCCUGCGUACGCCCAUCUCCAUCACCAGCUCCUAUGCAGCGCCCUUUGCCAUGAUGAGCCACCAUGAGAUGAACGGCUCCCUCACCAGCCCCAGCGCCUACGCCGGCCUCCACAACAUCCCGCCCCAGAUGAGCGCGGCGGCCGCCGCCGCAGCUGCCGCCUAUGGCCGAUCGCCAAUGGUGAGCUUUGGAGCUGUUGGUUUUGACCCUCACCCCCCCAUGCGGACCACAGGCCUGCCCUCAAGCCUGGCCUCCAUUCCUGGAGGAAAACCAGCAUACUCUUUCCAUGUGAGCGCUGAUGGACAGAUGCAGCCGGUGCCCUUCCCCCAUGACGCCCUGGCAGGCCCUGGCAUCCCGAGGCAUGCCCGGCAGAUCAACACACUCAGCCAUGGGGAGGUGGUGUGUGCUGUGACCAUCAGCAACCCCACACGGCACGUCUACACUGGGGGCAAGGGCUGUGUGAAGAUCUGGGACAUCAGCCAGCCGGGCAGCAAGAGCCCCAUCUCCCAGCUGGACUGCCUGAACAGGGACAACUAUAUCCGCUCCUGCAAGCUGCUCCCUGAUGGGCGCACGCUCAUUGUGGGCGGUGAGGCCAGCACGCUUACCAUCUGGGACCUGGCUUCACCCACGCCCCGCAUCAAGGCCGAGCUGACGUCCUCAGCUCCCGCCUGUUAUGCCCUGGCCAUCAGCCCUGACGCCAAAGUCUGCUUUUCCUGCUGCAGUGAUGGGAACAUUGCCGUCUGGGACCUGCACAACCAGACCCUGGUCAGACAGUUCCAGGGCCACACGGAUGGGGCCAGCUGUAUAGACAUCUCCCACGAUGGCACGAAGCUGUGGACCGGGGGCCUGGACAACACUGUGCGCUCCUGGGACCUGCGGGAGGGCCGGCAGCUGCAACAGCAUGACUUCACUUCCCAGAUCUUCUCUCUGGGUUACUGCCCCACUGGGGAGUGGCUGGCAGUGGGCAUGGAGAGCAGCAACGUGGAGGUGCUACACCACACCAAGCCCGACAAGUACCAGCUGCAUCUGCAUGAGAGCUGCGUGCUCUCCCUCAAGUUUGCCUACUGUGGCAAGUGGUUUGUGAGCACUGGGAAAGAUAACCUUCUCAAUGCCUGGAGGACGCCUUAUGGAGCCAGCAUAUUCCAGUCUAAGGAAUCCUCGUCUGUCUUGAGCUGUGACAUUUCGGCGGAUGACAAAUAUAUUGUAACAGGCUCUGGUGACAAGAAAGCCACAGUUUAUGAGGUCAUCUACUAAACGAGGACUCUAACAGGGCUGUCGAACUCUGGGAGAAACCGACUCGGCUCUGACAGGGAGACCCCGGGUGAGGGGCCCCAGGAUGGCGGAGGAUGGGCCGCGGGGAGCCGAGCGUCCCGGGGCUGCGCUCCGGUGGUCUGAGAGGGUGCGUGCCUGUCAUGGGCUGGACUCCUGGGCAUGGAUUGAUGUGUCUCACAGACUCGGAUGGAUUUUUCUCCUCCUCCUCCCCCUAACAAUGCUGGCAGAUGCUACAAAUAGAUUUAUUUGGAGGCUAAUGGCUCUGGUUUCCCACAGACACCCUCAUGCAUCUCUUGUGUUUUCUUCCCCUUUCUUUUGACCUGUCCCCCUGCCUUGGGUCGGGGUCACUGGAGUGGACCACAUUGUUGUGCUGGGGGAGGGGGAUCUCUUUUUCCCAAUCGUGCAGUGCACAAGUUUUGUGAAAAAUGUAAAUAACAGACUCCUAUUAUGGACUGGUCAGUGGGGGAGGAGGCCCCUUCCCACCGGAAACUCACACGUGUAUCUCGCCUGCUGUAUUUGUAAUCCACUCGUGGUGGUGGUGGUGGCUUUUUUGUUUGUUUGUUUUUUUAAACAGACGAUCCCAUCUGGGCAGGGGAGGCAGAGAGGGGAGCAAAAUGAAGAGGGAGUGGAAAGGGGAGAAAAAUCUUGGGGUGGAGAAAGGAACUGUGGCUGGCCCAGACUGACCAUAAAGUGCCCGCUGGAGUGCGCAUGACUGUCUGUGGCUGUGGGGAUUGUCCAAAGCAUGUCUGCACUGCCAGACAGACAGACCGAAUGACUGAUGGGCAGUGCAGUGGUGGGCCAGCCGGGGCUGACAUCUCUCCAAGGUCUCUUGCAUCUCCCUCUCUCUCAGGCGUCUGUCUCGCUCUUUCUCUCUGUCUCUGUCCUCCUCAGCCUCAGUCUCUCUCUUUGGUGCACAGUCAGUUAUUGUGAUAAGUGGAAGUUGAAAGAAACUCCUUUUCCGGCUCUUAAUCUUCUGACACAGCCUAAAAAGGACAAAAAGUUAGAGGAACGCAUAGCAACUCAGCUCAGGGAGCUACCAGAGAAAAAUAGCAACUGAUGUGGGUGCUUUUUUUUUUUUUUUAAUUUGAAUAAAACGAAUUAGAAGUGAUGUCCUUUUAUAAAAUGCCUCUCCCCUUUCCUGCCUACAGCCCCUUUCUCUCCCUCUAAAUGGGGAAUGAUGUAUUAACCUACAGGGUUGUAAGUCUGAAAGUUUAUCUUCCCCUCACCCCCACCCCAGGCAGGGCACUAGGGGUUGGGGGGCUGGGGUGGGGGGACAUGGGUCCUGGCACACUAUGGUGAUUUCUUGCAGCUUCAGUCUCCCUUAUGGGCCCAAACAGGUUACAGGGAGAGUAUCGUCUCCUGCAGGUACCACGUCUUGGUACCAAAAUGUUCUGAGGUAUUAGGAUUUUGUUUGUUUCUUUUGGUCUUUUUUUCUUCUUUUAAAGAAAAGCUGAAGGCCGUGAGUCCUGGUGGUGGGCUCUCCAUGGAUGUAGCAUAUGGAAGAUAAUUUUUAUACUGCAUUUUUAUGGAUUAUUUUAUAAUGUGUGAUUCUGUCUGGUGAGAAGGAAGGAGGGGCUCCAGGAACGCUGCUCGUUGCCAAGCAGCUCCCCUGCUGGGACAUGGAGGCCGGCAUGGCCCCUGUACCUUUCUGAGGCUGGGGGCGUGGUUGUCUAGAGUCUUUCUCUGGGUCUCAUGUUCAUCUGCCUCCUCUUGUUAAGGCUCUAGCCAGAAGGGAGGGUGAGGGUAGAAGAAAGUUAUUCCUGAAGAAAAAAAGAAAAUGAAAAGUCAUUGUAAUGAUCUGUUUUUAUAUUUUUAAAAGUUACUAUUUAAAGGUUGGUUUGAUUGUUGCGUUUUAAUUGCCUCUCCCCUUGGUUUGUCAGUCCUUCCCAAGAAGAGCCGGGGACACUGUCACCUUCGAGAACCUGGACGAUUUCCCUUGUCACACGAGCCCCAUGUCCAUCUGCAUGCGCUCUUCUAGGCACGUCCCCUACUGCCCCACCCCCUAGGAAAUCUGAUGGUGUGGGACAGUUAAAGGGAUUGCUUUUCAUGGUCCCCGUCCAAGCACCAGGGAGUGGUGGGCUGAGAGCUGGGAUUUCCUCUGGACAGAUGGGCAGGA